CAAAGUAUAUGUGGCUCUCGCAGAUCCUGGUAUGUACACACCAAUCAAUCACCUACAUGCUUUUAAACUGAUUCAAGAAACCAAUAACAUCUCAUCCUUCCUAGGCUUCAAUGGCAACUUCAUCAAUCACUGCAACUGCCUUUUAUUCUUCUUUCCAUGGAAGUUGGGGAAACUCCAUAGCUGGUGAAGAUUAUCCCACCAUGCUGGCAAAGACUACCACUACCUGGGUUCGAGUAGGAAACCCGUUAAGAUUCGGCCCAAUGAUGGGAAACGUGAACGAAGGAAAAGGACUAUUCGCUCGAGUAGUCGUCGUCACUCGUAACAUCGUUGGGAAGAAGCGCUUCAACCAGCUUAGAGGAAAAGCAAUUGCUCUACACUCACAGGUAAUCACAGAGUUCUGUAAGUCCAUAGGGGCAGAUUCAAAGCAACGGCAAGGGCUCAUUCGUCUGGCAAAAAAGAAUGGAGAAAGACUUGGAUUCUUAGCUUGAUAACACAACAAGACAUUUUGAAUUCUAGUUUGUAUCGACAUCAAUACUAUUCUUUCUCAAUAUAAAAGAAAUUUAUGUCACUUCAGCUC